AAUCGGAAACAUAUUUUUAUUUUUUUUAUAUUUUUUUAAGUCUUUGUUGAAGUUAGUUCUUUUUUUUGGACAACGUUGAAGUUAGUUCAAGUGUGGACUUGGGAGAGGUUCAAGAACCUAAGACGAAAAGCUAGAGAUAUACCCAAAGGUGAGCCAAGAAUAGCUCAGUGGGACAGUCUUCAACAAAGACAUAAGAAUGUGAGGUUAAGGUUUGAUGAUUUCGAGUGGCGUCCAUACACUAAGCCUUUGAAGAACUAGAACCCACUUCUGGUUUACAUUGAAGAAGCUAAGUGGGUGACUGGUUAUAACAGGCUUGAAUAUAAGUUUGCUUCGCUUGCUAGAUGUGUGAGAGUCUCUCAGCUUGCUGGAGAUGGUUUUAUAGAGAGAUACUAUCCGAAUCGAGUGAAAAGGCAAUUCGGUUUGGCUCAGGAUCUUCCUGAUUACAACAAGUCACUUGAAGGUUUCAAGCUGUAUAUGCCUUCUCGACUUGCUAGAGGUUAUGUUACUGUAAGAUACAGAGACUGGUGGGUGAAGUCAGUCUCGGAGUUAAUGAGAUGUGAAGAGAUGCACAAAGAAACAACUGAAACUUUGAAUGGAAGGAAUAGACUUAGUGAUGAUGAUGUUGAUGUAUCUCCCAAGGUAUUGCCUUUGAGCCAAGUGGUUCAGAAUCUGGAAGAAGGCUUUGUUUCAAAAUCCAGAAUCUCAAUUACAGUCAAACCUCAAAAUAUUUGACACUCUUCUAUAAAGUUUUGAUUCAAAAAUAUAUUUUCUCCAUCUUUUUAAUACUUGAUAUUUUAGAAAAAAAUAUUGUUCUAAAUUAGAUGAUAUUUUCAGUGUUCAUUGUAAAAUUUAUUAACAAUUUAUGUGUACAUGACUAAUGGUAUUGUACGUUCUAUUUUAUUAUUGUUCAAAUUGUAGUUAUGUAAAAUAUUUAAUAAUAUUUUUGGAGAAAAAAUAUAAAAAAUUAAAUGUUCUUUUAAUCUAUGUGAUUAAUCCUAAAAUUUCAUUUAUUAAAAAAUUGAGAGGGUAAAUUUUUUGUUAUUUUUAUGCAAUUUUUAAUAGUUAACAAAAAUAAGUUGUAAAUUUUUUUAAAAAAAAAAGAAUUAUCGUUAUUCAAAUAAUAUUAAUUUAAAUUUAUUAAAAUAAUUAAACAUAAAAUAAUGUAUUUAUAAUCAAUUUUAAACAUUUUUUGGUAAACCCAACAAAUUCGAUCAUUUAGGUAGAGAGAUAAAGAGUAAAAUUUAAAAACCAAAAAUUAAUACUUUUUGUUUAUAUUAGUACCGUCAACAUUUAUUGAGUAAGAAGAAAAUAGCAUUUGCUUGUUUGCCAAAUAAAGCAAAGUGUUACGUUCACUCUCCACCAUUUUUCUCUGCCUAUACAUUGCAAACACUGAUCACUUCUUCACUUUCUAAAUCCCUAACUUUGCUUCCUUCUCCAUGGCGAACCCAUCGUCUUCAUCUUCAUCACAUCCCAUCACUGAAGAGAGAGAAGAAGUCAUGGUUUCUGAGAAAGGUCACACCUUUAUCAAAACCCACUUCCUAAAACCCAUCGCUACCUCUUCCGUAGCCGUAGCCGAGCUUCCCCGUCAACGUCUCUCUGUUUCAUCUCCUCCUUCAGAGCUGCUAAAGCGCUUGUCUUCAGCAAAAUCCUUAUCUGGGUUUUGGGUUGCAGAGCGUCGUUUCGUCUCCUGGGUCGGAAAGAUGGAAGCUUUACACGAACCCACGUGGAGAAAAGCUGGGAUCUUUGAAGCCAUCAAGGCCUCGACUUACAACAUCACUAAGAACCCGUCUCUGCUUCUCUCUGUUUCUCAGAAAUGGUGUCCUGAAACGAACUCUUUCGUCUUCCCUUGGGGUGAAGCAACGGUAACUUUAGAGGAUGUGAUGGUUCUCCUUGGAUUCUCUGUUUUGGGCUCCCCUGUUUCGGACUCUGUACACAGCUCCGAGAUGGAAGAUGCGGUGGAGAAGCUGGAGAAAGCAUGGGAAGAGAAGAAGGCUGGACAUGAUAUGGUGAGGGAAGAGCCAUGGACGUCGAGAUUCUUCGGUAGAGGUGAUCUGGAACACGAAGCUUUCCUUGUGUUGUGGCUUUCUUUAUACGUCUUUCCUGAGAGAACUCGUCGCUCUAUCUCCAAAUGUCUUGUUCCUAUCGCUGUUCGUUUAGCUAGAGGUGAAAGGAUUGCUCUUGCACCUGCUGUUCUCGCUGGUGUAUACAAAGACUUGGGUCAAAUCAGUGGAAGAUGUGAUGGCAAACUCAAUCUAAAGUCUUUGUUGAAGUUAGUUCAAGUUUGGACUUGGGAGAGGUUCAAGGACUUAAGACCAAAGCCUAGAGAUAUCCCCAAAGGUGAACCAAGAAUAGCUCAGUGGGACAGUCUUCAGCAAAGGCAUAAGAAUGUGAGGUUAAGGUUUGAUGAAUUUGAAUGGCGUCCAUACACUAAGCCUUUGAAGAACUGGGACCCACUUCGGGUUUACGUUGAAGAAGCUAAGUGGGUGACUGUUGAUAACAGUCUUGGUGAUGAGUUUGCUUCGUUUGCUAGGUGUGUGAGAGUUUCUCAGCUUGUUGGAGAUGGUUUUGUGGAGAGUUACUAUCCGAAUAGAGUGGCAAUGCAGUUCGGUUUGGCUCAGGAUCUUCCUGGUUUGGUUACUCGUCAUGGAGACUUCACAGAAAAGGAGGCUUGGGAUGAUUACAACAAGUCCCUUGAUGGUUUGAAGCUAUACAUGCCUUCUAGACUUGCUUCAGGUUCUGUUACUGCAAGAUACAGAGACUGGUGGGUGAAAGAAACAACUGAAACUUUUAAUGCAAGGAAUAGAUUUGAUGAUGAUGCUGUAUCUCCCAAGGUGUUGCCUUUGAGCCAGGUGGUUCAGAAUCUGGAAAAAAGCUUUACGGCAACAAGAUCUAGUAUGCGUAGAUUAGCAAACAAAGAUAAGAUAGGUGAGUUGGCGAAAAGUCUUGUAUCUUCAAGGUGGAAGAUGAAGGGAGCUCAAGAGCAUGAUGAAGAAGAAGAAGAAGAAGAAGAAGAAGAAGAAGAUAACAUGACCAUUGCUCAAAUUAGAUCUAGGAGGAAGUAUAGCGAUGCAGAUAAAGCUGGAGGAGAUGUUUCUGAGCCACUUGGAAAAAGAAGGAGAAAAUUUCAGGUGAUGGAUAGUGAUGAUGACUCAGGAUCUUGUCAAAAGCUUGCUUCAGUGAAAAUAGAAGCAAAGAACGAGGAGUAUGAUGAAACUGCGAGCAACAUACAACACAAGACAAGGCAAAUUUGUGAUGAUGAUGAGGUUGAUGUGAAUGGAGAUACUCCAGGGAAGGAGAGUAUGAUCGUUGAUGAGGCCAAGAAAGCUGAAUGUUGGCUUCAUGAAGCAAGAGAAAAGAAGAGAUGCAAUGAGAAAAGAAGAGAAGAUAUUCUUGAAAAACUGAAACUGAGGAACCUUUCGAUAAAGGAGAAAGAGUUGAAGUUGGAGGCACGUAUUAUGGAAGUAGAGAAGACUUUGGGGAAGAUCAGAGAAUCGAACACCAGAGGAAACAAGAUCAAAAUUGAAGCUUCUGCUUAGCUAGUUUGUGUCUGAAACUUUUCAAGAGGAGCCAAGACAACAAUGUCACACAUUAUCAAUUCUUUCGGUGUGAUGUUUUUUUAGCCCUUUUGAAUUAGACAGAGAAGCUUUACUUGGUUAGUAUCCGAAAGAAAUAUCAAAUGAGGGAAUCAAUACUAUUUUGAAUUCUUGGUUUAUGAUUUGAGAAAAAAGAUACACCGUUCGGUUUAUAAAACUUUUGAAUCA